AUGCCCAAUACCAUCCCUCGCACUCAGAUUCACCGCAGGGAUUUCAGCGCCUUGCAACUUCCAUGCGGACAUGCAGGAUGCAACCGGUUUUUCAAGACGGGUGGUGGGCGCACGAAACACAUACUAUCUGCCCAUCCCAUGAUAUCUUCCCCGCCGCCAGAGCAUCAAGAAAUGGACAUUAAUGAUAUUCCCCCCCCGCCCGAUGAUGAAGGGGGUGUUUUUGGGCACGGUCAUGAUCAUGGCGCUGAUGCAUUGAGGUCUUCCCCCCCACCUGAUUUUCUGACAUCGCUUUCAGGCCGUCCAUGUGAUGAACAUGGUCAUUUUCUCGAGGACGACGCGCCGCCACCACCUCGUGAACCUCAAUCUCCCAACGACUGGACCCCAUUCCGUAACCGCACUGAAUUCGAAACUGCGGAUUUAUUCUAUGUUCAGAACCCAACACCUGCCCAUAAAAUUGAUGCGCACCUUGCAUUAUGGGCAUCAACACUACUCAAACACGGUGAUGUGCCACCGUUUGCAGACCAUCGAGAUCUCUACGAAACGAUCGACUCAAUACCAUUGGGAGAGGUUAAGUGGGAGAGUUUCGCGUGCUCGUAUUCAGGCGAGAAGCCUGAGGGUGAUUACCCACCCUGGAUGGAUAGCACCUUUGAUGUGUGGUAUCGAGAUCCACGUCAAGUGGUUCACAACAUGCUUGCAAACCCCGAAUUCGCACAUGAGAUGGACUUUCGGCCGUAUCGAGAGUAUUCGACUGAAGGAGAGGAGCGCCAGUAUAGAGAUUUUAUGUCUGCUAACUGGGCGUGGGAUCAAGCGGACGAAAUUUCCAAGGAUCCAGAUACCAUUGGCGCAACCUUCGUUCCCAUCAUCCUCGGAAGCGACAAAACAACCGUUUCUGUUGGAACGGGUAACAACGAGUAUUACCCGCUCUAUCUGUCCAUCGGGAACGUCCACAACAACGUCCGGCGUGCACACCGGAACGCAGUCUCCGUCAUUGGCUUUCUUGCAAUGCCAAAGACUACGAAGGAGCAUGCGAAACGCGCGAACUUUCGAAAAUUUCGCCGUCAGCUAUUCCAUUCUUCGCUUUCGAAGAUUCUCGAACGACUUCGGCCUGGAAUGAAAGUACCCGAGGUUGCGAAGUUUGGCGAUGGGCAUUUCCGUCGUGUGGUCUACGGCCUCGGGCCAUAUAUUGCUGACUACGAAGAACAGGUUCUGCUGGCGUGUAUGGUGCGUUUCUGGUGUGCACGAUGCAUGGCACCGAAUGAUGAUCUUGAUGCAGCUGGCGCACACGCUCGAUGUCAAAGGUACAUAGAAGAACUUGUUCAGGUGGGGACAUAUUUGGAGCUGUGGGACGAGUUCGGGGUUGUGGCGGAUCUCAUUCCGUUCACGAACGAUUUUCCCCGCGCCGAUAUCUGCCAAUUGAUUGCACCGGACCUCUUACAUCAGAUCAUCAAAGGGACGUUCAAAGACCACCUCGUGGACUGGGUUCAUAAAUAUCUACUACGUACGCAUGGAACACGCGAGGCACAACGAAUCUUGGAUGAUAUUGAUCAUAGAAUCGCCGCUGUCGCUUCCUUCGCUGGCCUCCGUCGUUUUCCGCAAGGACGUGGCUUCAAACAGUGGACCGGCGAUGAUUCAAAAGCGCUUAUGAAGGUUUAUAUAGCAGCCAUCGAGGGACACGUCCCCGUGGACAUUGUGCGCACUUUCCGUGCAUUUCUUGAAUUCUGUUACAUGGUACGACGGAAUACCAUUACGGAGCGCACGCUAGAGCAAGUUCGAGACGCCGUUUCCAGCUUCCAUAAGUAUCGUGACAUUUUUCUGACGAGCGGCACCAUACCCACAUUCUCGCUACCACGACAACACGCUGUCGCUCAUUACGUGGAACUCAUCCAGCUCUUUGGCGCUCCAAAUGGACUGUGCUCGUCUAUUACAGAGAAUAAGCAUAUCAAGGCUGUUAAAGGUCCAUGGCGACGAUCAAACAAAUUCAACGCGCUCGGUCAAAUGCUCGUCACCAAUCAACGACUCGAUAAACUGGCUGCCGCACGAGUCGAUUUUACCAGCCGUGGGAUGUUGAAUGGGACUUGCCUUUCAGCAGCCCUCGAAGCCCUUCAAGUUUUGCAACAAGAUGAACCGAGGGACCCCGCACUUCCUGCCACCGAAGAUGCAGUUGACGACUCUCACGACGGAAACCUCGGCGUGUCUGUUCCCGAAGAUGGCAUUGACGGACUGAAUAUUCCCCGUCUGCCUGAGAUGAUCCGCCGCUUUCUCUUCCAGCAGACACGCCCGGAUGACCCGCGAGAUGCAUCCGAAAUUCCCGUCGCAGGAUGCCCUCGAUAUGAGGGCAAAAUAUCAGUUUUCAACUCUGCAUGCUCACGGUUCUAUGCCCCGAGCGACUUAAGUGGGAUCGGUGGCAUGGGGAUUGAGCAUAUUCGUGCUUGCCCCAUGUGGCGGAACGAGGCCCCUCGUUAUGACUGCGUUUUCGUUAACGUUGGGUCGGAAGAUGUGGGCAUUCGAGGACUUGAAGUUGCGAGGAUUCGUGCCUUCUUCUCGUUCAAUUACGGAGGAACGACAUACCCGUGCGCCGUUUUGCGCUGGUUCGAUAUCAUUGGAGACUCGCCCGACGAAGAUACGGGCAUGUGGAUGGUGCGUCCAGCCUGCGGUGCUAACAAUGCAGCUAUCUACAAUAUCAUACACGUGGAUACAAUCUACCGUGCAGCUCACCUUAUUCCUGUCUACGGCAGACGUUUUCUUCGCCGCGAUAUUACCCUACACAAUUCAUACGACACAUUUCGGACUUUCUACGUGAAUAAAUAUGCUGAUCAUCACUCUUUUGAGCUCGCAUCAUAGUCAUUUUCGUCGGUUUUACACAUUGUAUCUAAUUAACUACGUUUUCAAGCCUUGAUUGUUUUUUUCCUCUUGUGUGACUUGAACGGCUUGAACCAAGUAAGUCUUUGGUCGCCUUGUCACACCUUUGUGCACAUUUGCAAAGUUGCGUGAAAACUCAAGCGCAAAAAAGCCGCUGAAAGUCAAAAAAGGGAUCCUGGGUUUUGC